UUGUGAACACCGUAUCUCCUAGAAUCGAUAAAAACUUUUACCCAAAAUCUCAAUGUUCCUUGAUCUCGCAAGAAACAAACUAAAACGGACAAGAGCAUCAGAACAGUGUCAUCACUCAUCAGUAUAUGCAUUUCCGUGUGACCGCGAACUCUGACAGAUGCUCAACUGAUCCAAUGACAACACUGCACGUGGCAUUUCCCCACAGUGACUUAGUGGCCUGUGUAUAGAAAGAUUUAAAGAACGUGUAAUCCCAACCAUUCCUCCAUCAAAGAUAUAUCGAUCAUUUCUUUUUGACAGCAAUAAUUUUUAAUCAUUUUAUCUGUCUCUCUGUUCUUUCUCUCUCCCGCAGUCCCUCUCGUAAUUUUGCUAUAUAAGAGCACCUCUAUAAUCUGUGUGAGACAGAAUUAUAAAAAAAAAACAUUGAUAGUUUUGUAUCUAAACUCAAUAUAUAAUGAUAACACGUUCACGUGUUCAUCGUCAAAAGAGUGUCUCAGUGAGUACAAUCUUCAGGUGUCUUCUAGUUUUGAUCAGACGCUCUAUUCAAUUCUCUUAAUUAGUCAUAUCUUUCUUUCUUUUUUCCUCGUUUCGUGUUAAUUUUAUUUUAAAACAAAGGAUUAAAGAGUCGUUCUUUCUUUUGGUAACAUGGAGCCUUAAUGAUCCUUUGUUAGCUCUAGCUAGGAUUUUACGUACUACUUAGGGUAUUCAAACUAAAAUAAAAUCAAGAAGAAGAGCAGAGAGAUGGUGAGGACACCAUGUUGCAAAGAAGAAGGAAUAAAGAAAGGAGCUUGGACUCCUGAGGAAGAUCAAAAGCUUAUUGCUUAUCUUCACCUACAUGGUGAAGGUGGAUGGCGUACUCUCCCUGAAAAAGCUGGAUUGAAGAGAUGUGGAAAGAGUUGUAGAUUGAGAUGGGCUAAUUACUUAAGACCCGACAUUAAGAGAGGAGAGUUUAGUCCUGAAGAAGACGACACUAUCAUCAAGCUUCAUGCUCUUAAGGGUAACAAGUGGGCCGCAAUCGCCACUAGCUUGGCGGGACGAACUGACAACGAAAUAAAAAACUAUUGGAACACAAAUCUCAAGAAGCGGUUGAAGCAAAAAGGCAUCGAUGCAAUCACUCACAAACCGAUCAAUUCAACCGGUCAAACCGGUUUCGAACCAAAAGUAAAUAAACCGGUAUAUUCAUCCGGUUCCGCUAGGCUUCUUAACCGCGUCGCAAGCAAAUACGCGGUUGAAUUAAACCGGGACUUACUGACCGGGAUCAUCAGUGGAAACUCCACCGUCGCCGAAGAUUCACAAAACUCCGGCGACGUUGAUUCUCCGACCUCCACAUUGCUCAACAAAAUGGCGGCAACAUCAGUUUUGAUCAACACUACGACUACAUAUUCCGGCUUCUCCGACAACUGUUCUUUCACUGAUGAAUUCAACGAAUUCUUUAACAAUGAAGAGAUCUCCGAUAUUUACACGACUGUCGAUAAUUUUGGGUUUAUGGAAGAGUUAAAGAGUAUUUUAAGCUACGGCGAUGCCAGCGCCGGAGUUAUUGAAAAUUCGCCGGAGGUCAAUGUAGCUGAUGCAAUGGAGUUCAUUGAUUCCUGGAACGAAGAUGACAAUAUGGUUGGAGUCUUUGUCUGACGAGUCAGACUAAAAUCAAUCUUACGUUGGUUUUUUCUUUAAUAAGCUGUGAUAGAUUCGUGUAAUCGUCACGUAGUCAAAAUAAUGUGCUGUUGUAAAAAUUAAUAAUAAUAAAUAUUUCUACUUACAUGAAUUUGUUUACAAAUCCGGA